AUAGUAAUUAAAGGGGAGGUAAAAGAGAGAUAACAAGAAAGAAAAGAAAAGAGAAAGAUAUAAAUUAAAAACAAUUCAAAAUCAUCAAUUGGUGAUCGAAUAGGAUUUUUCUAUUUUUCUUCUUCUCUCUUUUUUUUUUUUUCGUCGGAGAGGUUUCCUCUUCCUUUUCUUUUCUAUUUUCUUUCCUUCUUUCUCUCCCUCGCUUCAUUUUUUUCUUUCCUUUUUCCUUUUCAUUUUUUUAUCUUCAAGUUGAAUAAUAUCGAAGAGGAAAGGGAUUGGAAUUAAAAAAAAGUCGAAGAAAGAGAGAGAGAGAGAGAGAAAGGGAUAAACCAGUUUGAAAAGGACGAAUCGAUUGGAUCGUUUUUAUUGUUGUUGUUGUUGUUGUUGUUGUUGUUGCUGUUGUUGUUAAAUUCGUAAAUAAGGACUCACAUGGAUGCGUAUAAUAAUACUACAUCUAUGUAGAACUUUGACUUUUCGAAAGGAUGUAAUUGUAAAAAAGGAAAAAAAGAAAGAAAAACGAAGGAAGGAAGGAAGGAAGGAAAUUGGCGAGGAAUGAAAAGUCCCUAGGAUUACACUUGAAUUGAGUUUAUCGAUUAUUCUUGAAUUGAGUUAAUUCGUGAGUUAAGAGAUUGGGAAAAAACGUAACUAGCGUGAUAGAAAAGAAAAGUAAAAGGGAAAAGAGGAAGUAAUUGUAAAAGAGAUUAGAAGAAAGAAAAAGAAGAAAUAGAAAAAGAAAAAGAGAGAAAGAUAAAGGAAGAAAAUUGAAGGAAUAGUAAAAGGUAACGAAGAAGUAUGAAUGAAUCAUUUAGAUCUCGUUUCGAAGCUAUUACCUUCGAAUAAAUAACUUAAACAUAUUUGUACGAAUAGAUCAUGAUUACAUUCUUUGAAAGUAAUAAACGAUAGAACGGAAUGAAAAGUUCCUAGUACGGUGAAAUAUCUUUAAAAAGAUAUGUAAUUAAAAUAUUCUUCGAUUAAGAAGAAUAAAAAGAAGAAAAAGAUAAGAUCCUUAUAAAUCUGAAGAGGACCAAGAACGAAUAAAAGACUGUAUGAAAUUAAAAAAAACAAGAUAAAUAUAAAUAUAAAGAUAAAGAUAAAAAUCAAGAUAUAGACAAAGAGAUAUGUACUAAAGUGUUGAAUCAUCAAUAAUGAAUCAUUUAGAUUGGAAUUAUCUUGUAUUCUACGUAAUAACUUAAGAUCCUUUUUCAAGAUCAAUGAAUCAAUUUGAACGAGCUAAAUUUCCAAGAGCUAAAUAACGAUAGAGAAUAAUGGAAAAGUCCCUAGUUCCUUCGAGGGUUCUUCGUUUCUAGGACUUUUUUUUUUUUUUUACAACUUUUACAAGAUCGAAUGAAUAGAAAAAUGAUACUUCGGCAAUUUGAAGAAUAAAGAAGAGAUAGUAGGAAGUUCAAGAAAGAAAGAAAGAAAGAAAGAAAGAAAGAAAGAAAGAAAGAAGGAAGGAAGAACAGAGAAAGAGAAAGAGAGAAAGAAAAAGAGAAAGACUAACGAGCCGAACAGGAUGAAUCAUUUCGAUUGGAAGCUUCUACGCCGGAAGAAGGUGAUACCGGCCGAUCGUCGUUUACCAGAGAAAGAAGAAAUAUGGACAUUACCGAAUGAUCAACAGGAAACAUCAUCCACAUCGUUAGACGAGCUCGCCGAUGAUAAAUCGAAGGUAUCGCAGGAUUUUGAGAAAAAUGUGUCAUGCAAAACGCAACAAAAAGAAUCAUUAACAUCGGAUAAUACAGAUAACAGCGUGGACGUUAAUUUGCCACGUAGUCAGGAAACAAGAAAGAGUAAAACUAAAAGAGUUAAGAGUUAUCUUCGAAAAUGCAAGGGUGCAUUGUCGAAGGGCGACGAAAGCGUUGCCGAAAAGAAACGCCAAGAGAAUUGUACGUCUUGGUAUCUCGAGGAUAAUCAAUCGUUAUCAUCGACACGUCGCGAUCACGAGGAAUCAGAUGAUUAUAUAGAAAAAUAUACGGAUCUGUCGGAUCAAAGAUUAAACGAAGAAAAAUAUGAUCGAGAAGUUUUAACGAAGUUCGAUGAUCACAUUGAUGAUCCAUUAUUAUUCGUUAAAUCAUCGAAGAACGAUGAUGAUGAUGAUGAUGAUGAUGAUAAUAAUAGGAUCGUUGUUGUUGAAAGUGAAAGUAGAACGAACGUUUCCUUAGAGAAGAAAGGUGACGUAGAUUUGUCCGUCGAUGAAAUUUGCAAUAACGAAAGAAAACCUCAUAUACGAAAGGAUAACGAUAAGGAUAUUAUCGAUACGUAUGAUUCGAUAACGACGAUCGUUAAUUUAUCCAAGGACGAUACGUAUUUGAAAAAGUGCGAUUCUAAUGAUACACUUAUAGCGACCGAAGUUUCACAUGAUUUAAGUGUUAAUGAGUUUAACAUUGUGGAUACGAAUUCUACGAACAUUGCAAGAGAUAUUGAGAACGAUGAAAAAAGAAAUCCUUUACGAGCGAGGAGUGAAGGAGGAGGAGGAGGAGGAGGAGGAGGAGGAAAAGAAGAAGAAAGGAACGAAGAUAAAGAAGAAGACAAGGGUGGAUCGAGAGAUAUUGAAAUCCCAUUGAUUUUACCUCUACCUGCGGCUCGCGGUGAUGUCGCCUCCUUAGUAAGGAAUCUACUUGGACCAAUUUAUGGCGAUGGUGUUAUCAAUCUUUUGAUAAGACAGGCCCGUGACAUUUUAGUAUGCGCUUAUCAUGGAAACCUGGAGAACUUUGUCAAGUCUUAUCUAUCACCAGCUGCGUUUCUACUCUCCAAGGUGAAAAGCGUCGCCUCAGAAACGGGUAAUGAAUUAGUGGUGCCUGAAGGUUGGCCUCUUACGAUAGGCGGGAGAGCCCUUGUCCUCCAGCUGGGCGAGCUCGAAGCUUCGGCACUAAGACUCGGGGAAUGUUACCUCUGCGUGCGGAGUGCAGCCGUAACUGCGAGCACUUUGUCGAGCGGUGCCGUGGCCGCUGCUGCUGCUGUUGAAAUCGUCGAGCGGAAUACCGUCGAGAUAGCAGUGAUCUGGCGAGCAACGUCGAUGAGGGCCCCAGGGAUCCUCGGUUGGGAGCGCGAGGACGAGUUUAUGGAUUGGCGAGAGCCAUCGCGAAAAACUCAACACGGUUCAACAACAACAACGACAACAACAACAACAACAACAACAAUAACAACAACAACAACGACGACAACGACGACGACGACGGGCCCGAAUAGCGGUGCUAGUACAAGUGCGAUAUUGACGGUAGCCCGAGCACGUCGUAGGUCGCGAGAAACUGGUAAAAUUUAUAAGGAAGAGGAAGAUAGAUCGAAGGAAGUUAAAGAAGAAGAAAAAGAGUCCGAUGUUGGGCAUACGAUGUUGACGGCUAUGACGCCGGUAACGAAAUCGAGUUCGGUGUCGAGCGUCAUAGGUUGGAAGAACGAUAUAGAAGAUAACGAAGGUGCUUUCGAGAAAUAUUCUCAACAACAACAACAACAACAACAACAGAUACAACAACAAAUACAAGAAGAAUCAUACGAGGAAAGUUUCGAAUCUUUAACUAGUCUUUCGGCAAAAGUGAAAAGGUGCGCCAAAGUAAUAUCAUCAACUACGAUGGAAAAGUGGAAGGAAAGUGGUAGAUGCGAGAUGAGAAGCAGGCCGAUAGCCCCUGAGGAUUUAAAGAGUCCCCUUAGGUUGGAGCAACUCGUAGCAAGGCAGGAAGUUGAUACGAGGAGGGAAACGAGGAAGGAGCAACUCGAGGAACAUCAACAACGGUUCCAGAAGGCUCGACACCUCGAGGACGUUACCGACGAGGAACUGCCGACUUACAUCGCCAAUCUUCUCGUCACCGUUGAACGAAAGAUCGAGAGGGUCUCCCUCGAUGAUCUUACAUUUCCCUGUCCUGCAUGUAGGAACAUAGACACGGACGAUCCUCUUCUUGGAUGCAAGUGUGCCGGUGAGGAUUGUGCCUGCGGCGAACACGGUGCUGAAGACGAGUGUGAUUGCGGUCUGGCAUCUUCCUCUUCUCUAUCUACUAAAUCAAGGAAAGAUCAAUGUGCUAGAAGCUUUGAAGUUGCUGGUAUCAAGCAUAUCGAUAGCGACGACGAGGAAGAAGUUCGUAUGGGAUUCGGAACGAAAAAACGAGUCGACGAAGUCACUUCACCCAGAACGAUUCAUGAUAUACCGGAACACGUUUUGACAUGUGGUCUUACAUUGCCCGGAUAUACGGAUACAGCAGGGAGACCAGUUCUCGAAUUCGAGGACACAACGAAGAGGGAAAACCUCACAGUUAAGGAGAUUUCAUCCUUUUUGCUCUACCUCGCCCGUUUGCCAAGUUCGGAACAGACGAAGGAUGGAUUGAGCCUUCUAAUUCUUGGCGAAUCUAACGAAUGUUUGGAUCUAUUGGACAAAGCGUUGGUUCUAUUACAAGGAAGAAUCAACGUGAGUCAUGCUUUCGUUUUACGAAGUACCAAUGCAGAAAACUCAAUGAACGACUCCAUGUUACCUCUAAGUCGUGUUAAGACAAUUGUAAUAACAGACACGAUUAACAAUAAAUUUAUACAAAGAGAAAGGCGCGAGGUGAAUUAUGAUCAAACGCAAUGGAUAACAUUUUACAAGGAAUACGAUGGGCUAAUGAGCGAAUGGCAUGCAGCUGGACGAAGAUUAGCGCUCGAAAUGUCAGAGUUAAAGGAAUGCACGAGUUUAUCUGGCACCUUGACGCCUCUCGGUCGGCUCCUAACGGACCCAACAUUGAGAAGAACGUCCAGGGAUGCUGAAGUAGCCAUUGCGGCUUUGGAGGAGCGGGCUACGUCACUUUUACACGUCGAUUAUAUCAAAUCAUCUCUACAAAGAGCAAGAAGAUUGAUGGAGGAAGUUGGUAACGCGGCAACGAGAUUGGAGUCAUCCUUUGAAUCACGUCGAGCAACUAUACGCAAUCUUGCUGUACUCCGUAGUAUCGAGGAUCAGGCACACGAGGUAUUGUCGUGGCUUUGCAAGAAAGGGGAGGACGUAUUGUCAAAACACGCACAGCACUCGGCGACAACGCUAACGGCAGCACGUCAUCACGAGAGAGAAUUCGAAAAGUUUUAUUUUACGUCGAUGAGACAUAUCGACAAGGGAAGCGACCUCGCAGAGGCGGCGAGUGCGAGCGGACUUCGUGAACUCGCUCGAUCCUUGAAACAACAUCUUCGAGGAUUUGGUUCCAGGUUGGAGGAUCGACGCGAGUAUCUCGAGGAUACGUCGAGAUGCUGUCUAUUGCAGGACCGUGCUUACGAGUGGGCGCAGGAGGCUCGCGUGGCCGCCGAAAGGAGAUCCCAACAAUUUCUAAUGGCGAGGCCACCACUCCCACCGGAACAUUUCAACGAGAUGAUGGCGCUCGCUGAAAAGCUCGGUAACGAGAUACUUCUUGAACAAUGUCGCAUAGCUAGGAAUAAGUGUGCGGAAGCUCUUGAAAUUGCUAGGACUUCUUCGGCACCUGGCUCGCCAGCUAGAAGAAGAUCCUUUGCCACUUCGGAUUCUUCGACAUCUUGGGACGAUAGUUUGACGAAGAGGACUUCAUGGGACGAUAGCGAUAGCACCGCAUCUUACGCAUGUCCGAUGGAAAGUGUUGGAUCCGGUGGAAGCGGAGGUCGGCCGGUAUUGGACAAUAUUGCGGAACUUUGGGAAAGUGCCGAACAACUUCUCGAUUGUUCUCCACCAAGAACACCACCGAGAAGUCCAGCGCCACGAAGAUUGGUCAAACCUCCUGUUAAUUCGCACCUUCAUAGGGCGGCUAGUAUAGCACCCGGAAUGAAAGCAAAAAAAACGAUACUACUUAUAAUGAGAGAGAUGAUACAAACCGAACGAGACUACGUGAAGUCGUUGGAGUAUAUAAUAGAGAAUUACAUACCUGAACUGGUGCGAGAGGAUAUACCUCAGGCAUUGAGAGGUCAAAGAAAUGUGAUCUUUGGUAAUGUUGAGAAGAUCUAUGAAUUUCAUAGUCAACAUUUUCUACGGGAAUUAGAACAAUGUGAACAAUCGCCAAUGCUCGUGGGACAAUGUUUCCUAAGACACGAAAAGAAAUUUUAUCUCUAUGCUCUAUAUAACAAGAACAAACCAAAUUCGGACUCGUUAAUGGCCGAAUACGGUACGACGUUUUUCAAACAAAAACAAAUGGAACUAGGAGAUAAAAUGGAUCUUGCGAGUUAUCUAUUAAAGCCCGUCCAACGUAUGGGAAAAUAUGCAUUGUUGCUUCAACAAUUGGUUAAAGCAGGGACGGAUCUAUCCGAACAAAUGUCUGGUAAAGAUGAGAAAGAAGAAAAAGAGGAUGGCGUUAAACCGGUAGUAGAGGGGGAAGCUGAUUUAAGGGCUGCAGAACAGAUGGUACGGUUCCAACUUAGGCAUGGAAAUGACCUCCUGGCUAUGGACUCCCUCCGAGAUUGCGAUGUAAACGUAAAAGAGCAAGGCAGGUUAUUACGACAAAAUGAAUUCUUGGUUUGGCAAGGCAAAGGAAAGAAGUGUCUUCGUCAAGUUUUCCUCUUCGAGGAUCUAAUACUUUUCAGCAAAGCUAGAAGAUUUCCCGAUAGAAAGAACCUUGAUAUAUACAUCUAUAAGCACAGCAUCAAAACGACGGAUAUAGGUUUAACCGCUGUUAUCGCGGAUUCACCAACUAAAUUCGAGAUUUGGUUCCGCAAGAGGAAGCCCGGAGACACUUACACGUUGCAAUGUGCAAGCGAGGAGAUAAAAAAAGCUUGGACCGAGGAAUUGAGCAAUCUUCUUUGGAAGCAGGCGCUUCGAAACAGAGAAGUGCGCCUGGCGGAGAUGUCGAGCAUGGGCAUAGGAAAUAAACCUUGUUUGGACAUUAGGCCUAGCGCUAAUCAAAUAAACGAUCGUUCGAUCAGCGUAGCUCAACUAUCAAAAACACCCAGAUUUAGAAACUCGAUAGCGGUCUCGAUGUCAGAGGAUUCUGGACGUUGCAGUAGAAGACCACAUAGUGUCAUUUCAGUAAGUUCAUCCUCGAGUAGCGGUGGUAGCAGUGGACCACCAACCACCCAUAAUCUCGGUUUGGAUACCAGUCCUCGACCUCAUCAUCGAAGCACUACUUUGAAUAGUCAGUGCAGCGUCGAAAGCGGAAUAAUAGCUGAUAUAUCGAUCGUCUCGGACGACGGAGGUGAUGGUACCGAAAGGAGCCAUUGGAAUUCGACGUUGGAAAGCCCAAUGUCGCAUUUACCAACAACGUCGACGCCAUUACAAUCGCCGAGCAGUGCAACGAUGGCAACAGUUACCACAGCUUCAUCAUCGGAUACCAAUCUUACGCCUUACGAUCAAGACAUGUCCAUCAAUCUUUGAACUAUAAAUCGUUCGACGACGUCCAAACGAGUUGAAACUCUCGAAAGGACAGAAAAUAGAUAACGCGUGGUGUUGAUUCACUCGCAUUAACUACUACAUAAAUACGUCUAUGUCUCUACCUAUCUAUCUAUCUAUCUAUCUCUCACACUCUCUUUCUCUCUCACUCUUUCACUCUUUCUCUUUCUCUCUCCCUCUCUCUCCCUCUCUCUCUCUCUCUCUCUCUC